AUGCAAUUGGCUUUGGUGGUUAGGUUGAAAAUUAUCCGCAGUUGGAUUUCGCGAUUACGCCUUCCUAUCGCUUGCGAAUUGAAGGACCAAUACGAUACACUCCGCCUGCGCAAUGGACCAGUUGUUGCCAUUAUCCAAUGGCAGGGCAAAUUCGAAGGACCGGCGGCCGGCCUGCGACGGGGCAACCAGAGAGCCCUGGCCGAUCUAAUCUCAACUGAAGCUGGAACGCUGCAGGUCCAGACGAGUGUCGACAUCCACCAAGUCGCGAUGGCGUGCAUUAAUGGAUGCUGGGAUAUAUCGGACGCCUGGGUCGGCGCCCUGAGACGAAGCAUGCUGAUCUCGUUCGUGGCUGUUAGGGAAAUACCACGUUUCGUUGGACCAAACAUUGUUUCUGCCUGCCCGCCACUGUCAGAGAAGCAGAACGGCACCGGCCACAAGCAAAUCAGAGGGGAGGCAUCCUCGUCCGUCACGCCCGCAUUGUCCAAUGAUAGAAACUUGUUUCUUGCGCCAACGACGGUCGUGGUCAUGAUCCAAUCACAGCCUCCAGCUGAGCCCACCCUUGUUAUGCUGAGAUGGGGGAAUUACCCUUCUUCGAGUGUCGCAUCCCAAGACUCGAUUCCAUUCGCUUUUCUGUCUUCUUUCAUCACUCUCGUUAAUCAUUUUCAGUGCCUUGUUCUCAUCGCCAUCAUAACGACAAGUGACGGACGGGUUUCGAGAAGGGAUUUCUUGAGCAAGGGCAGCCGGAGAACUGAAUGUCAAGGCCAACCCAGUAAAUCGGGUACAAGUGUCAUUCCGGGCUCAGCUUUCACUGCAGACGCGUCAGCAUUUCAGAAUCAGCGACUUCGAGCAGAUAAAAGAGUAUCAGUCACGAUGAGCGACGAGCAGUCGUUCACGGUCGAGAUCCCGAUCCGACCUCGGGAGCCACGUCACCGGGAUUCAACCUUUGCCUCGCAUGCCAAAAUCGAGGAAGUAGUUCACUCACCACCAUUUGAACACCACUUUCGCCUGUCGCAACCUGUUCACCACCAGCAAAAAUGUCCCGAGGGCCUGAAGAUCAUCUCAGGUGUCUAUGGGAAGACAUUUCGUGACCGGUCGCCGACCUCAUCGACCAUGAGCUCGACUCAUGUCCCCGACUCAGCGACGACCUGUUCAAUGCCCAUGUCCCCCACCUCAUCGACCUUUACAAGGGCUACGACUCCUGAUAUUGAUGGCCCUGAGCGCCUACCAACACCGUUUCUUGCGUCGCGGUCCGGUACGGGCGGACAUCGUUACAGAGAAUCAUGCGACUCGGGAUCGACGUUCGUGGACUCCAUCAUGGGCGAGAGGUUUCCGGCGUAUCCGGAAUCCAUCGGCGCGGGUCACAAGGAGGAUCCACUGCCGCGGAUGGACAUCAUCGAGCCGGAUGAAGACGAGCAAACUGACUUGCCUCACACGGCGGGCACCCCAAGGCCGCCGUCGCCGGACGAAACGCCCGAGUCACCCCGCGAAGAGCGGGUGCCGCCCCGGCCCCUCAAUGAGAGGAUGAGCUUCGACUCCGGCUCCGAUCGUCUCUCGCGUGCAUGGGAACCCAUCACCCCAACACCCAUUGACUUCUCUAAUGAAGAAGCCGAUGCAGUUCUCGACUAUGUCUUGCAAGUCACUUACGGUGUGGAGCUGGAAGAGGUUACCAUGCCACCUGCCUUCCUCCGCCAUUUCGUCUUCAGAUUUAUCCAAGACAUUGGGAGAUUCGCUUUCAAUGGAUUCCCCGCCGGAACACAACUAACCCACACUCAAUCCACGUCGUCUAAUGGUUCUCUGCCUCUAGCUCGGAGAUCAGGGUCAGGUCGAGGGUCCCAAAACGGCAAGCGCAAGAAGGGCGACACCGGCCGUGCAGAUGGGGAUGAUGAUGGCGAUGACUUGACGGAUGACGAUGGAGACUCAAGCGUGCCGUUCAAGAGGGCCAGACAAACACCACGAGAGGCAGAGGGAGAUCUUCGACUGAGCUGUCCGUUUCGCAAGAGGAACCCGCAUAGGUUCAACGUGAGAGAGCACCAUUCGUGUGCAAUGACUUACUUCCCCAAGUUUGCCGAGCUGAGGCAACACAUCGUCAAGCAACACAAGCGCAACGACCCUUCAUCCUUCAUGUGCGACCGCUGCAACCGAGACUUCCCCAGCAAGAAGGAUCUCAGGGAUCACCAGCGUCUGCCAAAGGAGCAGAUGUGUGACGUUUCCGACCACGAUCCAGAGUCCGGCAUCGACGGCCCUACAAUGACGAAGCUUCUCAGUAGGAAGCGAGCCAGUGGCAUGAGCACUGAGGUUCAAUGGAAGGAGAUCUGGAACCUGUUGUUCCCUGACGACGAUGACUACAGGGUUCAACCUUUCGACUUCUGCCCCGUUAUCGAGCAUUUCGAGCUGCAGAACCAGUUCAUGAACAGUCUGAAAGAUGUUGAGGAUAGCCUGCGAAACAAGGGCAUGACUCCCCAAGCGCUGGAGACCAUCGGGAACAUCUAUCGCAAUCAGUUCAUCCAGGUCAUUGAACAGUGCAUCGCCAACGCACAGAACAUGCCCUAUUCGAACCGAAGCAAUCGAAAGAAUGAGCCAUCACCGUCCCGCCUCCUGGCCCCACGCCACUUGACUCGCACUGUGCCUCGUCCAGACUCGGGUGUAGACGUCGACGAGGGUUCGGAAGAUAGCCAGUCUGUCGCCAUCUUCCCUGGAGGCGGAUUCGACGGGCAGGGUAUGCUCGCCCACUCCGACAGUGUUCGAACAGUCAGAAGGGCGUCAUCAACCCCGGAAGAGUUCAGAGGCUCUGCUCCGCCAAGGACGCUGCAGCCCCUAAUAGAACAGCUGCCCGCAUCCGACUUUGGCCUCGGAUGCUCUCCCCCACUGCAGAAGCAGUCACAUUCGCAGCAGCAAUUGUCUCAGCAGCCGCCAAUGUUCGACCAACAGGCGGAACUCAUGCCAAUGGCAAAUGGGAUGACGCCGGAGAUGGCCGCUCAACUCUGGGGCUACCAUGAUGGCACCAUGGUGCCGACGUCAGGGCCAUCACCCAGCAAUAUGAGCAUGUAUGCGCCAGUGAUUGACACCAAUGGGCAGCCCCAAUUCCUCGACUGGAACCCGGGACUGCAGGAUCAUAAUGGGAUGUACGACUUCUCGGGGUAUCUGGCUGUAACAUCGGUGGCGGUACAUAAUCUUGAGGCCUCAGGUGGUUUACACCUGAUUCAAAGAGUUAUGUUUGAGAUCAGCAACACGCUCAGAGUGUGCGGCUACGCUCUAGCUCCAAGAGCGGAUAUUGAUCAGCUGAAGAGGGGCAGCUUCCCCAUGGGUUGGUGGUCUCAACCGUCCCCAAACGACUAUUCUUCAGGAAAUCCACCGAGUGUCUUACAUAAUCACGAGAUGAUCCAACCUGUCUCGGCCAAGCGACCCCGCGAUUCACCUUGGAAUUGCAUAAUGUCUGAAGUAGCCGUCCAACUACAUCUCCCCGCUUCCAAUUCCAUCGAUAACAACUCCUUGCCGCAAGGCGCACCUCCGGCCUGCUGGCUUACCCCUCUAACCGCGCCUCCAAAGUUUACGCCCAUCGAUAUGGCCUGGCUUAGUGCUUCAUUACGCGCUGGCGAGUCGCGUCUCUAUUUUCUCUGCAUCUUUUUCGGCAUUGGCGCAUCUGUCUGGGGAUACAACAUUGGCAUACUGUCUUCAGUGAUAGUCAGUUCAGGCUGGCGCGAAGCUCUACAUCAGCCAACACGCGCUUUAAUCGGAACCGUAGUCAGCAUCUACUACACUGGAACCUUCAUCAGCUAUCUCUGCAUUUCCCAUCCGAUUACUGACUGGCUUGGUCGUCGGUAUGCCGCCUUGUCGGGAACAGCUUUCGUUUGCCUUGGCGCCAUAUUGCAAGCCACAAGUGGUGGCGAUACAGCUCGCGGCACCAUGCUCGCUGGAAGACUCAUCAGUGGCGUUGGAGUUGCCGUCGUGUCUACUUCAGUGCCGUUAUACCAAGCUGAGAUAUCGCCAGCACACAAGCGCGGCCAUUUUGUAACGUUGAACCACGUCGGCUUCAUCGCUGGUAUAGCGCUGGGUUUCUGGGUUGGAUAUUUCAUGAGAUUUUGGUCCUCCGAUGCAGGCCUUUUCUAUGGCUGGAGACUGACUAUCCUCUUGGAGAUAAUCCCCGCAAUGAUCUUUGGGCUUGGGUUGCCUUGGGUCCCCGAAACUCCCCGUUGGCUCGUCGAACAUGGAAGGAAAGACCAGGCACGUUCGACCCUUCGCUGGCUCCGCGAGGGAAGUUUCGACGACGACGAAAUUGAGCAUGAAUUCUCAGCCAUCAUCAAAAGCGUCGACGAGUACCAUCAAUCCGGCAGCAACUGGCUUUCUUUAUUCCGACAAAAGCCACUGUUUAAUCGUCUCUGGCGAGCGACCCUACUACAAUUCAUGGCCUCAAGUUGUGGUGCUACUGCUAUUAAAUACUUCCUCCCAUGGCUAUUGGAGCAACAUGGCAUAUUCUCGCAUACUGCGUUGCUAAUCAGCGCUACCGAAUCAACGGUCAAGAUAGGUUUCACGGUUCUCGAGAUGUUUAUCAUUGAUCGGUUUGGGCGGAGGAAAUGCCUCGUUGCUGGUUGCAUCAUCAUGGCUUUCUCACUGCUGAUCAAUGGAGCCGUGCCUCUUCUAGACCCUCAGCGUAAAAGCCCAGCCACAGAUAUAAUCUGCGUGGCCUUCAUCUUUGUAUAUGUCAUUGGCUUCUCUCUGGGAUUUGGGCCAACGGCAUGGGUAUACAACACAGAGAUCUUUCCCACCUCGGUACGAGCACGAGGCUUGAAUUUCGCCUCCGCUGGUGCCUCUGUCGGUUCUUCUAUCGUCACUAUGGUGUGGUCUGCGGGCAUCGGAUAUAUGGGUAGUAACAUCUACUUCAUAUUCAUGGUUGUGAACAUUAUCUGCAUUCCGGCCAUAUAUGCGUUCUUUCCCGAAACCAAGGGUCGGGAGCUGGAGGACAUGGACGCGCUCUUCGGUGCCAUUGAAACAAGACGGAGUGAUUUCGAUAAUCUCUCUGAACAUCUCUUGCAAGAUGAUGCUCCUUUCCGCGAUUCCGUAGAAUCGACGACUGGUAUAAACAGAGAGCAGGAUCGUGAUUAA